CGCGCCAGCGCACCUAACAGCAGCAACAGCGGCAGUCUGCAUGUGGGCAGGAGCCGCAGUUGAAGCAUCCGGGCUGAGCUGCGCAGAGAUGCGGACACGCCGCCUCAUCUCCCCGCUGAUAUCAUGGUUAAAACGCCGUUAAGAUAUUUUUGUGUUUGUUUUGAAAUGGCGGCGCUGGAGUCGAGGUGAGCAGCUCCGUUGCUCGGUGCACUCGCCAGUUCUGGGGGAGUGCUCACUUUUUUCUUGCGCUUUUGCCAGGGCAAACUGCCAACACAGAUAUAUCCUCUUUUUGUUCUUUUUCUGUCGAUUAUUGUGCAAGGAAUCAUGACGACGGGGCAGGAUGAAAGCUCAGUCCGCGUGGCAUUGAGGAUUCGUCCUCAGCUGGCCAGGGAGAAGAUAGAGGGAUGCCACAUCUGUACAUACGUGAUGCCUGGGGAGCCUCAGGUGAUCCUGGGGAAAGACAAAGCCUUCACUUACGACUACAUGUUCGACAUGGACUCCCAGCAGGAAGACAUCUACACCACCUGCACAGAGAAGCUGAUCGAGGGCUGCUUCGAGGGCUACAACGCCACCGUUUUUGCAUACGGACAGACGGGUUCAGGGAAGACCUACACCAUGGGUACGGGCUUUGACGUGAACAUCGUUGAUGAGGAGCUUGGUAUCAUCCCGCGCGCCGUCCACCACCUCUUCAAGGGCAUCGAGGAGCGCCGACAGGCCGCCCAGGAGCAGGGACGCCCUGUGCCGGAGUUUAAGAUUAACGCCCAAUUCCUCGAGCUUUAUAAUGAGGAAGUUCUGGACUUGUUUGACUCCACACGAGACAUGAAGCAGAAAUCUCACAUCAAGAUCCACGAAGACGCCACCGGGGGAAUCUACACAGUAGGAGUGACCACACGGAACGUGUCCUCCGAGGCUGAGAUGAUACAGUGCCUGAAGCUGGGGGCUCUUUCUCGCACCACAGCCAGCACUCAGAUGAACGUCCAGAGCUCUCGAUCCCACGCCAUCUUCACCAUCCACCUGUGCCAAGUUCGCGUCUGUGCCUCUGACAAUCAAGAAACUGAGACUGAUAACAGAGUCUCCAACGGAAACUCUGAGAUGGACGAGUAUGAGACGCUGACCGCCAAGUUUCACUUUGUGGACUUGGCCGGUUCUGAGAGGCUGAAGAGAACCGGAGCGACAGGUGAUCGCGCCAAAGAGGGCAUCUCCAUCAACUGUGGACUGCUCGCUCUGGGGAAUGUAAUCAGUGCUUUGGGUGACCGUGGCAAGCGGUCUUCACAUGUGCCUUACAGAGACUCCAAACUUACCCGACUUCUACAGGACUCAUUAGGAGGAAACAGCCAAACAGUGAUGAUCGCAUGCAUCAGCCCGUCUGACCGUGACUUCAUGGAGACUCUGAACACAUUAAAGUACGCCAACCGAGCCCGGAACAUCAAGAACAAGGUGAUGGUGAACCAGGACAAAGCCAGCCAGCAGAUCAGCGCUCUGAGGACAGAGAUUGCUCGACUGCAGAUGGAGCUGAUGGAGUACAAGACGGGUAAACGCAUGUCGGGUGAGGAUGGUGUUGAGAGCUUUAGCGACAUGUUCCACGAGAACUCCAUGCUGCUGACAGAGAACAGCAACCUGAGGGUGAGAGUGAAGGCCAUGCAAGAGACCAUCGAUGCCCAGAGGGCACGGCUCACCCAGCUGCUCAGUGACCAGGCCAACCAGACCCUCGCCAGGGCAGGUGAAGGCGGAACUGAAGAAAUUGGAAACAUGAUUCAGAGUUACAUCAAAGAGAUUGAAGACCUCAGGGCCAAACUCCUGGAAAGCGAGGCUGUGAAUGAGCAUUUGAGGAAGAAUCUGUCUCGUGCCUCCAAUCGUCAGUCGUUCUACGGAGGGACAGGCUCCUUCUCCUCCACGGUGCUGGCCCCUGAGAAGGAGACUUCUGACAUCAUUGAACUCGCCAAGAAAGACCUGGAGAAACUAAAGAAACGAGAAAAAAAGAAAAAGAAAAGUGCCAACAAAGAUGAAGUUCCUGACAAUGAUCAAGAAAAGGGCACCGAGAAGGAAAUGACAGAAAGAGUCAAUGAGGAUGCAGAAAUGGAGGUCCAGGAAGGCAGCGACCAUGAGGAAGGAGAAGGAGAAGAGGAAGAAGAGGAGGAUGAAGAAGAGAUGGAUGUGGAAGAGAGCUCAGAAGAUUCUGACUCGGAGUCAGAUGAAAAAGAGAACUUCCAGGCCGAUCUGGCCAACAUCACCUGUGAGAUCGCCAUCAAGCAGAAGCUGAUCGACGAGCUGGAGAACAGCCAGCGGCGUCUGCACACACUCAAACAGCAGUACGAACAGAAGCUGAUGAUGCUGCAGUGCAAGAUCAGGGACACCCAGCUGGAGAGGGACCGUGUCCUCCAUAACAUGACAUCAGUAGAAAGCGGCACAGAGGACAAGGCUCGCAAGAUCAAGGCUGAAUAUGAAAAGAAGCUGAGCGUCAUGAACAAAGAGCUUCAGAAGCUACACUCUGCUCAGAAGGAGCACGCCCGACUCCUGAAGAACCAGUCACAGUACGAGAAACAGCUGAAGAAGCUUCAGCUGGAUGUGGCGGAAAUGAAGAAGACAAAGGUCCGUCUCAUGAAGCAGAUGAAGGAGCAGCAGGAGAGGAACAGGAUGAACGAGUCUCGCAGAAACCGAGAAAUUGCUUCAUUAAAGAAAGACCAGCGCAAGCAAGAGCACCAACUAAAGUUACUGGAGGCUCAGAAAAGGCAACAGGAGCUGAUUCUGAGGAGAAAGACCGAGGAGGUGACGGCUCUGAGGAGGCAAGCCAGGCCCACCUCAGGUAAGGUCAUCAGGAAAGUCAAUCUCCCAGAAACAGUCCAGGACUCCCCCCACAGACCUCCAUCUGGACGCAUGUACUCGUCCGGCAACGCUGCUCCCAACGGCACUCGGUCUUCCUACAGGCGCACAGUGGGUGUUUACUCCACCAGAGUCGCCCGCAAUAAAUGGCAGUCUCUGGAGCGACGGGUCUCUGACGUCAUCAUGCAGAGGAUGACCAUUUCAAACAUGGAGGCCGACAUGAACCGCCUCCUCAAGCAACGAGAGGAGCUGACCAAGCGCAAAGAGAAGGUCAUCAGGAAGAGGGACAGGGUGCUCAGGGAGGGGCUAGAGGCAGAGAAGGCAGUGCUUCCCCUAAACGAGGAAGUGGAUGCUUUGACGGCCAACAUUGACUACAUCAAUGACAGCAUCGCAGACUGUCAGGCCAACAUCAUGCAGAUGGAGGAAACCAAGGAGGAAGGCGACACAGUGGACAUCUCUGCUGUUGUUGGUUCCUGUACCCUGACAGAAGCUCGUUUUCUAUUGGAUCACUUCAUGUCAAUGGCUAUCAACAAGGGUCUCCAGGCAGCACAGAAGGAGUCUCAGGUGAAGGUGAUGGAGGGCAGGCUGAAGCAGACCGAGAUCACCAGCGCCACACAGAACCAGUUGCUCUUUCACAUGCUGAAGGAGAAGGCCGAGUUUAACCCAGAGCUUGACGCGCUGCUGGGGAAUGCACUGCAAGAGCUAGGUAACAUCCCGGCUGAAAAUGGGGAUGAUAGCAGCAGUGAUGAGUCUGCCCAGAGCCCUUCUGCAGAGGGAAACACCUUGGCAUCAGAUCUCAUGAAACUCUGUGGUGACACCAAAACGAGAAAUAAGGCUCGUAGAAGAACCACCACCCAGAUGGAGCUGCUGUACGCAAACAGUGACUCCGCCCCCGACGCACCCACUGCAGACUUCUCCAGUCCGAUGCUGCCCUUAGCUGAAACACCAGAUGGGGGAGGAGACAUGGACUCAUCAGGCUCAUCAGUCAGGGACUACACAGCUCUCUCCCCCGGCUUUUCCUCUAAAAUGGGCAGCAUCAUCCUUACAUCAAAUGGCUAUACCUUCCUCCAACUGAUGAGUCCUUUGAGUUCUGGCUCCAGAACUUCGUCUGGGGUGGAAAAGCGAGCGCCGGAGCCCUCCCCGCUCUCUCGCAGGAAGACCUACGACAAGGCACACGCAGCUGCCGACAGGGCAAAAGUCAAGGAGAUUAAACACCCAGUCAUCAGGAGCCUGAAGAGCAGCCCACCACUUCCCCUCUCCCCUACCGCUCGUCCCUGUAACCACAUUGCCGUGUUUAGCAGUGUGACAGGGUAUUUGGGGCGUACUGCAAAUGCCUUGCAGGAUAAGACGGAUGGAUGUCACCACUUGUCCUCCAACCGCAUCCUCCGUUCUGUUUCCCCUCCUCUCGCCGGUCCACCCAAGGGCGUCAUUAACCCGGUGCCAGCUACUAAGAGCAGUCGGCAGGCGACGUUACAGUGUGUCCAUGUGGCAGAGGGCCACAGUAAAGCUGUUCUCUGUGUUGACUGCACUGAUGACCUUCUCUUCACCGGAUCCAAAGACCGGACCUGUAAGGUGUGGAAUCUGGUGACGGGUCAGGAGAUAAUGUCCCUGGCUGGUCACCCGAACAACGUGGUGUCAGUCCGCUACAGCUCCAGUUUGGUUUUCACCGUCUCCACCUCCUCUAUCAAAGUCUGGGACAUCCGGGACUCAGCCAAGUGCAUCCGAACACUAACGUCGUCUGGUCAGGUUAGUGUUGGGGAAGUCUGUGCGUCUAACACCAGCCGAACGGUCACCAUCCCAGCAGGAGAGAAUCAGAUCAACCAGAUCGCUCUCAACCCUAACGGGACGGUCCUGUACGCCGCUGCCGGAAACUCAGUCAGAGUCUGGGAUCUACGAAGAUUUGCAUCCACAGGGAAACUUACUGGUCACCUCGGUCCAGUGAUGUGCCUGACUGUGGAUCGGUCUGGAAACAACCAAGACCUGGUGAUCACUGGGUCCAAGGACCACUACAUCAAGCUGUUUGAUGUGACUGAAGGCUCUCUGGGGAGCAUCAGCCCAACACACAACUUUGAACCUCCACAUUACGAUGGAAUCGAGUCACUGGUGGUCCAGGGGGACAUUUUCUUCAGCGGCUCUCGAGACAACGGUAUCAAGAAGUGGGACCUGGAUCGCAAAGACCUGCUGCAGCAAGUCCCGAACGCCCACCGUGACUGGGUGUGUGCGCUGGGUGUUGUCCCUGGGUCCCCAGCCCUGCUGAGCGGCUGCAGAGGUGGGGUGCUCAAGCUGUGGCACACAGAUACUCUGGGGACUCUGGGGGAGCUGAAGGGUCACGAGAGCCCCAUCAACAGCAUCUCUACCAACAGCAGCCACCUGUUCACCGCCUCAGAUGACCGGACUGUGAAGAUCUGGCGUGCACGUGGUGGACUGGACAGCACCAUAGAGGUGGUUGACAAUGCGGACGAGGUGGCCAGUAACUGAACACAGCGCCACCUGCCGGGUUUGAUUCUGGAAGGAUAUUAACAGCAUCUUUUGAUGCUGCUGCCCUGCACUUUGACUCCUAACUUAUCAAGCCCAAUGCUCACUCCUAAAACGCGUACCUUCUAUGCCAUGUAACCUGUAUGACUGACCCAACAGGACAUUAAACAUUAAACUAGCAUAAUAAUUAUUUUUCUUAGACUCUGUAUGCUCAGAGGGUCGUGGUAAUCAGUUGCCGUUCACCAUAGUGUUAAUGACUCUUUGCAGCAUAAACUCAUCUUUUUGUCUUUUGCGCUGUAGACAAUAUGUCACUGUGGAUCAUGAUAAGAACUUUUAUUCACAAGACAUUUAAGAGUUGAACCCGACAAACACACUAUCAAUAUCUAUGCUGCUCAGCUCUGUUUAGCGCUGUAGCAGGAUAAAGUACACCUGCAGACACACCGUUACCCCGGAAAAGGGUAGCAGUGUGUUUUGUUAGAUUAGGGAAAAAUAGGGAGUAAGUGUUAGAGGAGAAAAAGGUGACAGAGCUAACGGGUUGGUAGCUGGUCUUCGCAACCCAGUUCUCUGGUUUCUUGGGAUUGUUGCACUCAAAGCAGAACCAAUGUCCCUGUGCUCCCUUUCUCCACCAUAUAACACAAGUGGCUUUACUGUAUGUGAAAAAGACAAAUCACCGUUCCCCUUAACUUUCCUCUCCUGCUUUUGUGCUGCUCAAUUUCUGCAGCUGUUUCAGCGACCAAAAUUGUGAAAACUUGUCGUCUUUGCUGUCCUGCACUGCACUCGUGAACAGAACACACUGAACAUUAACAGUCCCACUUAAAGCAAAGAUUUGACAUUUUGGGAAAUACACCUAUUUGCUUAAUUGAUGUGAGUUUGACGAUACACAUCAGACUGUUAAAUAUAAGGCUGCAAUCAGCAGCUGGUUAGCUUAGCUAAGCAUGGAGUGUGGAAACGUGGAAACGGCUAGCUUGGUUCUUCCAACACAUUUGACCAACAGCACCUCUAGAGCUCACUAAUGUUUGUUUGAUCUGUGCAGAUGACAAAUGACAAUUUCUGGAUUAAACAAACAAGAUAAGGAGGUGCUGCUAGGCAGAUUUUGUUACCUUCAGCCAGAAACAGGCUAGUUGUUUCCCAUUUGCUUCCAGUCUUUAAGCUAAGCUAAGCUAACUGACUGCUGGCAGAAAGCAAAUAAGCGUAAUUCCCAAAAUGUCAAACUAUUCCUUUAACUCUUGCGCACUUGUGAAAACCGACAUAAUUAGUCUUUGAGAUACAAUUAAUCCUUCUUAAAUGUGAGCAGGUCCAAUGUUUGAGGAUAUUCUACACUUGUUGUCUGUUAUUUCAUCCUAUGUAAAAACGUAUGCUCACUCUUCACGUUGCAGUUAGCACUCACUGAACCUACACUACUGACUUGUCGUCUAACACCCAUGCUGCGCUCACCUUCUUCAACCCUAUGAGAGGGCUUCUUUUCAUGGACUCCGGGUGAAGUCCGCUCAGUACCGAGCAAUGUGUAUAUAUAUGUAAUAGUAUCUUUUUGUUUUUGGAGAGGCCUUCAGACUCUGCCAGUGUUGUAAGCCCAGCCAUGUUGACCGAUGUCUGUCUCCCAGUUCAGAUCCUUGUGGGGACUUCCUGGAGACACUUGUGGUCUCCCUGAUGUAACUGAUCUGUUUAUUGCGAUUGUGUGCUGUCACUUAUGAAUGUUCAGUGAAACAGCAGUUGUAGGCAUUAUUGGGGUACAUAUCUAGUGUAUGUAAACAAUGUAUUUUUAAAAAAAAAAUCUGACUGAAUGUUAGUUUUGUGGGACCACCGAUCUGAACGCAGUCUCACACGAGAACUGAGAGGUGCUUUAAAAAAGUGGACGGACCUUUUCCUCCAGUGAGGUGGCAGAUUAUGUUUAGUGGCCUACGGUUAGUUAUGUCCCCCACCCUCUCUGUUUUGUUUGUUAUGCUGUCCCUGUUCCACAUAUCCUGGGAAUUUCCCCUCUGGAGUUUUAGUAGCCAUUCUCAAUUGACAGACUCUGUAGCGAUUCUAAUGUCAGAUGCCUGGUGAGAAUAAAUGUCAUCUGUCAAAAACAA